CUGGUCAUAUUACAAAGCUUUUAUGGGAACAUUAUGUUUAUAGUGAACUAUAGAAGCUCUUCAGAUAGCUUUGUGUUGUGUUGCUCACGAUAUUUCAAGAACUGGAACGUCAAUGUAGGUAGUAGUUCCUUUAAAAAAAAGCUAUCUCAUUGUUUGCUAUAUAGGUAGAGAUGAGCUUCAGCUGGAUGAGCACUGGGGAAGAAUAGUGAAUAUUUGUUUGGGGUUUGAAUCAAAGGUGAGAAUGUCACCUACACAGAAAAUCCCAAAGUUCUUCAUUACUGCAUCUUUCCUCUUUGUCUUCAUAGGACACACGACUGCUUGUCUGUCACGCCGAUGCCUGGCUAACGACCUCAUUAACAAAAGCCUAUACAGUGCACCACAGUCUCUGGGGUGUGUUAUUGAUGUAAACCUCACAUCUAUCCAGUACAAGAUGCUGUCUGUUGACACCCAGACUAUGCAGUUCUCUAGCCGCUUUAAAAUUAACAUGGAGUGGACUGACCCAGACCUUAAAUGGUCAGAUACAAAUUACACAUUUAAUGAAAUCAUGUUGCCUGUGAAGAAAAUAUGGACUCCUGAUCUCAUUGUGGAGAAUGCAAUAUAUUUGAACAUAAAACCUGCUACUGAAGAUAUAGUGGUAAAACGCGAUGGCACUGUGAACUACGCCAUUGUCAUGUAUACCACGAUAUUGUGCAGAAUCAACCUCCUCACCUAUCCUUUUGCUGAAGGCUCUUGUCCUGUGGCUAUCAAUGGAUGGAGCCAAAGCUCUUGUGGGCUGCAAAUCCAGUACGGCUCACUAUCUGCACAGACUGGUGAUGGAACUGAAUGGACCACUCUGUCAGUGAACCUCAAAAAUGACACAGGGACAAAGAACCACAACUAUAUCUAUGUCACUAUAUCCAGCAACCCUUUUAAAGCAAUGGUCUCACUGGUCCUGCCCAGUGCACUAAUCAUGAUCGCUGAUCUGGUGAGUUUUGCUUUGCCGCUGGAUGGGGGAAAACGCAGCUCCUUCAAGAUCACACUGGUGCUCAGCUUUACCAUGUUCCUUCUCAUUCUCACUGACUACCUCCCUAACACUGGAACAUGCAGCCCUCUGAUACGUUAUCACUUCUGCUUCUGCAUGUUCGUUCUGGUGCUGAGUAUGCUGAUAUCCAUGGUGUUCACAAAGGUGGCAACAGAGGGCAAUAUUCUGUGUUGCAAACUUCCAAAGCUGAGUAAACCAGAUCAAACAGGAAUGCAGUUUCUUGACAUGACUGCAGAUGGGCAUUAUCUCAGGAAGAUUGUGAAUUUUGUGGAGAAGAUGGAUAAAAAGGAAAGUGAGAUGAAGAAAAAGCAAAUGCUGGCAACCAAGUUGGACAAUAUCUGUUUUUGGGCAUAUGUGAGCCUUGAUGUUAUUUACAGUUUAUGUGUGAUUACUUUUACCAAAACUGAUUCUUGUAAUGUUGACAACUUGAAUUUCUGGUAGCAAUAGUUUUCUGUCUUUUAAAAUAUCAUCUAUGCACUCUCAGUGUAUAUCUACAAAUAGAUCUGGAGUAGAGGGUUAAAUGUCCAAAUGUCCAUGCAGCCAAUAUGAACUACCAGAAUGGUCACUGAUUUUGCUUAUAUUUGAAUAAUUACAUUUCUACAUUCAUUCCUAGACAUUGUUCAUACGACAAACAUUAAAAAACAAUGGCUGAAAUGCUAAAAAUUCAUAGAAUUCAUUCGAACAAUAUUUCUCAUAUGCUAAUGACUAAUACUGUUAGUAGCAGGCUAAUGUGUUGCUGAAGAUGAAUGAAAGAUCCAAUGAACCAAUUAAUGAAUGAAUAAUUGUAACACUGCAAUAUAUACCACUCCUACUUGGUACUUAUUAUGAUGAUUCUGUAUGUCAACCCUCAUUUUGCUUACUGACUAUGGAUAUUGCCUCAUAUUUGUCUAUUUAUGCUUUUUUCUCUUUACUCUGUGAACUAAAUAUUUACAUUAAUCUAAGUAUACAGUACCUCUACAAAUAUCUGACUAUACAUAUAUCUAAAUUUAUUUUGAUUUGA